CCGCCGCCGCCGCCGCCGCCUGCCCAGGAAGUGCCGCGGAGCAUAUGAGCGCGCCUGGCUUUUACGGCUCGCUUCCCAGCCGCCGCGCGCGCACCUGCCGCGCGCCGCGCUGAGUGGGCCAUGGGGGGCUCCCUUGCCCCCAACGGCUCCCUGGCUGUCACGCCCAAGCUGGACCCUCAGCGGAGCGGCGGCGCUUCUUCCUCCGCCUCCACGUUGAGGUCCGGGCCGGAAGACCGCGGCUGCAAGAACGGAGCACUGAUGAACAACUUCGGCAUAUUCCUGCAGGGGCUCCUGGGGGUUGUGGCCUUCAGCCUCCUCCUGCUGAAACGCUUCAGAGAACCAAAGCAUGAAAGACGUCCUUGGAGAAUUUGGUUUUUGGAUACUUCCAAACAAGCCAUAGGGAUGAUGUUCAUCCAUUUUGCCAAUGUAUAUUUAUCAGACCUUACUGAAGAGGAUCCCUGUUCACUAUACCUUAUCAAUUUUCUGCUAGACGCCACCUUAGGAAUGCUGGUAAUUUAUGCUGGUGUCCGAGCAGUAAGCAGUGUUGUUGAACGACAGCAAUGGGAAUCUCUUCGUUUUGGUGAAUAUGGGGACCCAUUGCAAUGCCGUGCUUGGGUAGGCCAGUGUGCAUUGUACAUAAUUAUCAUGAUGUUUGAGAAAACAAUCAUAAUUAUAGUCCUCCUAAUACCUCAGUGGAAAGAGAUAGCUUUGUUGAACCCUAUAGAGAAUCCUGAGUUGGAGUUGGCUAUUGUGAUGCUGAUAGUCCCCUUCUUUGUAAAUGCAUUAAUGUUUUGGGUUGUUGAUAACUUCCUUAUGAAGAAAGGAAAGACAAAAGCUAAACUUGAAGAAAAAGAAUCAGGUCAAGAUUCAAGAAAUGGGAGCAAAAUCCGAUACAGGAGAGCAGCGUCGCAUGAGGAAUCAGAGUCAGAGAUUCUAAUUUCAGCAGAUGAUGAAAUGGAGGAAUCUGACAUGGAAGAAGAUCUUAGGAGACUGACUAAUUUAAAGUCUGUUAAGAAAAAGAAACAUCGCUUUGGUCUGCCUGUAUGACAGGCUCUGCAGUUUGGAUACUUGCAGGUUAAUGAGGGAUCUCUCCACCUCAGUGAAUUUUCACUUGGCCAUAGGAUGCUUGUUGCCUCAAGACUGUGAAUCAAAGGGAACACAGACCAUUGGAAACACUUACCUGUUCAGUUGCACUAUGGAAAAUAUGCAAGAAUCUCUUCUCAACAUGUGUUCACAAAUUCUUGUCACCACGGUGGCUUAGAUGGAGGAGAGCCUUCAGAAGAGGCACAGAAUACCAUCACUUCACUGUGGUUCCUCAGAGACACUCCGGAAAUAACAGGAGGAUUGACAAACUUUGAAUCAGUAUGUUUCCAGUAUCCAGAUUUUUGCAGCAUACUGCUGAAGCAGAAUAGUUUUACAGUUACAAAUUAAUGGUAUCUAUGGAACUAAUGGGCUGCAAAGGUGUUUUUUUUUCAGAUCUCUUCUAACCUGUUUAAACUUUUAUAUUUAAGUUAUAUUUUCAUACUGGGAUAUUUAAGAAGUCUCUUUGUCAAAGAAAUUGUACUGUUGAUUAGUGUGUGUGGUUAAAAAGGUCAGAUGUGCAACAAAAAUGGUUUUCCAUUGUCUAUAUCACAUAAAGAAGGAUAGUGCAGGGACAAAGGGAAGUAGCAUCUGAUUGCUUUCUAGAAUGAGAUGGUCUUGCUCCGAAGAGAAUCCGAAACAAAGAACAAUGAAGUGGCAGCAGUGAUCACUUUUGAAACAGGGGUGUUGUUCUGUGUGUAUGCUGAGCACUUUAGCAGAAAAGCAACAAAUACAUGGUUUUCUUCUAUAUAUAAACUAAACACUUAAAGCUAUUUUGAUAAUAAUGGUUUCUUCAGUAUUUGCAAAUCCUUUGAUCUCACAGCAAAACUAUUCCAAAGCUUCAGCAAACAUUCCUUGUCUUCAAAAGCUAAUGUAAUACAGAUAAGAGCAUUUUGCUUCUUCUCAGUGCAGUUCAGCUGGCUACUAGAGAAACCAUGAAUUACUAUGGCUUAUUCUCUCUUUUUCUUUUCUUUUCUUUUUGUUAAGUCUCAUUUCAGAUGGCUAAGUCAGAGUCAAAGCAUAGUAUAAUGAACAUAUCUGGUGAUUAAUGUUAAUGUCAUUAUGCCUACCUAGGGUUACUGGGAAGUGUCUUUGUUGAUGAACUACUUUUAGGCUUCUUGUAAUUGUGAUGUUUGAUAGCCCAUUUCCUUACUACUUGCACUGAUGGCUAUUGCCUGUUUGGUAGGGCAAAGGAAACAGUAGCCAAUGGUAGGAAGAGCCAGCUAAUUCUAGUUCUGUCCUCAUCCUCAUCUCUCUUGAUGAUGCUAAAAAUAUUCAACAGUAGACAGCAGUGCAAUUCCUUAAUAUUGACCUAAAAAGAUUAAUAAUAAUCUUUUAAGACACUGGGACAGUGAUAUGUUAAUGUACUUGGUUCUCUGAUGAUUUCUCCUAUUACUUUUCCCAACCAUUCCAUUGAGUAUCUAUUCCAGGAAACGCUUAGGGACAGAGUGGUGCUGUCUAUAUACAGAGAGAAGGGUGUCUUAAGAGUGGUCACCUUAACAUUUUUCUUAGUUUUCAAUUAAUUAAAAACUAAUGGCUUUGCCUCUCCUCUGCUGUGCUCUGCUCUGAAAUGGCAAUGACAAGUAGCGGACUGGCAUAUAGUUCUUUACCUCUCCUUUAAGUUACUAUAAGCCUGUUUACAGCAGAGGAGUAUCUAUGCUACAUUUUAGAAAGUCAUACUUAAAACUAUUUUUGGAAAUUUGCUGUACCUCUGGGAAUGAGAGAAGCAAUGUUAAGCACAAUGAACACAAAUUCUAGAUCAGGGGUGUCAAACCUGAUCGUAUCCGGGGCCAUACUGGGAUGUUUUUGCCUUUGCGGAACCAGGGUGGGCGUGGUCUGUGCGGGGCAUAUUCGGCCCACAGACCGCCAGUUUGACAGACCUGUUCUAGAUCUAGGGACCUGAAAUUUGUAACUCUUGUCUUUUUAAGAAUGGUCCCAGAGAUUCCCUUCUAGGUUUUGUAUUGACUACUUUCCACUAGGUCACUUUUAUCCUUCCACAUAUUUAUUUUCUGUCCCAAAUACAGAAAAA